AGACCUAAAUGUCAAAUAACUGUCAAUCAAUAAACAGAAGCUUGUGGAGUGAGAUGAUAAAAAACUUUAAAAACAAUAAUAUUGUGAGCAAGUAACAAAAGACGAUACAUUUACAAUGGAUUAUAAAAAUCGGUGUCGAACAUGUUUAGGCAGCGAGAAGGAAAUGCGCCAUAUACAUACUUGUGUGAGAAUAGCUGGCGAAGAAGUUCAUCUAUCAGAUAUUCUGCAGAAUUUUUAUAAUUACAAGGUGGCACCAGACCCGUUGUUUCCAGAAAACAUCUGCAUCAACUGCGUCCACCAGCUCACCAUCACUUACUCCUUCAAAGUCCUGAUAGAUUCCAGUUCAAAGACCUUGAUGGACAACCUCAGCCUCCUUGAAUCCACCAGUGACAACUACGACUGCGCAUACGAAUCCGACGACCAAAAACCAGACUGCCAUAUAAACAUUAAAAAAAGAAAAGUAAAAAAAAUAGAACAAAACAUAGAUGAAAUCCGAUUAUUAUUCUGUGUUGAGUGCAAGGCUGAGUUCCAUUCAGUCAAUCUACUGAAUGAGCACUGCCUAAACAAUCAUCCCACAAAGUCUGAGAUAGGAAGGGAUUGUGAUUACUGCAAUGAGAAGUUUGAAGAUUUCCGUUCCCUAGUCCUACACAGAAAGUUGCAUCUAAAGCCUUAUUUGUGCGAGAACUGCUGGGAAGGAUUCUACAAUGAAGAAGAGCUGAACACACAUUCCUGUCAACCUAACGUAGAAAAUAAGGAGAAGAACAAGUCUGAAAGGGUGUUACGACAGUGUGAUCAAUGUGGGAAGUCGUAUCCUCCAGGUUACAUAAGAAUCCACAUGUUGACACACAGCAAUGAUCGUCCCUAUAGCUGUAAAUUUUGCCCAAAGAAAUUCAAAGUUCCCGGUGGACUUCACUCUCACAUUCUAUGGAAUCAUAAGAGGACAAGAAACCACAAAUGUGAGGUUUGCAAUGCUACCUUCAUAUCCUCAAGUUCAAGAAGCUCUCAUAUCAGGAAGAAUCAUUUAAAAGAGAAGAAGUAUGGUUGUGAUAGUUGUGGGAAGCGGUUUUUCUCGAAAUCUGAACUUCAGAGGCACUCUUUGACCCACACUGGUGUUAAAAACUUCCAUUGCCAUCUUUGUGACAAGUCUUACCAAACCAGAUAUGGAUUGAAUGUCCACCUCAAGUCACAUUCACCUAUGAACAUUAACAUACUGAAUUUGUGAAAAGAAAGUACAAAAGUUUAAUUUGAUCUCAUUUUUUAGGAUAAGUAUUUAUUUAUAGUUUAUGACAUUGUAAUUGAAAAUACAAUCAUUAUUGUAUGAUAUGGAUAUGUAAUAUAAUUUCUGAUGAAUGA